UGGGGGCGCCUGCUGUUGCUUCGAACGCUGCCUCUCUUCUUCCUCUCACCCUUCAAAUAUAUUCUUCUCUCGGUUCCCCAUUAGCUUUCCCUUCCUUCUUCCCUUCGAACUCCCGGCGCCGGAGGAGAGAUAUGGCCUUCUCCUCCCCCAAAUGCCCCCACUCAUCUUCCCACUUUGCCCCCUCCCGCGCUCCUUGCGGAAACCUCCGCGACAGAGCCUUUGCCGCCCCUGCGUCGCUCCAAUCCUCUCCUAAACAUCUUCUUACGAGACUAACGUCCCAAUGUAAAGGUCGGGACUUUACUGCUGUUUGUAGGCAGGAAGCUGCCACUGCAAGUACAACCACUGCGAAAGAAACUACUCCAAAUGGUGGAUUGCUAACUAUACCUUCAAGUUCAAAGGCAUGCAGAGAUAUAGCUGGUAUUAGUACAAGGGAGGAGGAGUAUACGGUGAGUAUAACUGUGGUUGGGGCCUCUGGGGACCUUGCUAAGAAGAAGAUAUUCCCUGCACUGUUUGCACUUUAUGAUGAAGGCAGCCUCCCCAAGCAUUUUACCAUAUUUGGUUAUGCUCGGAGUAAGAUGACAGAUGCUGAACUAAGGAACAUGGUCAGCAAAACACUUACUUGUAGACUUGAUAAAAGGGAGAAUUGUGGUGAAAAGAUGGAUCAGUUUCUAAAACGAUGCUUCUAUCAUUCUGGUCAAUAUAACUCGGAGCAAAAUUUUGCAGAUUUAGACAAGAAACUAAAAGAACAUGAGGGAGGGAAGCUAUCAAACCGCAUAUUCUAUUUGUCGAUCCCUCCAAACAUAUUUAUAGAUGUAGUUAAAUGUGCAAGCAAGUCAGCUUCUUCUACGAAUGGCUGGACAAGGGUCAUAGUUGAAAAACCUUUUGGUCGAGACUAUGAAUCCUCUGCUGCUUUGACAAGAGGCCUGAAAGAGUAUCUAGUGGAAGAUCAGAUAUUCAGAAUUGACCACUACUUAGGAAAAGAACUGGUCGAAAAUCUUUCUGUUCUCCGUUUCUCAAAUCUUGUAUUUGAACCUCUGUGGAGUAGGCAAUACAUAAGGAAUGUGCAACUAAUCUUCUCCGAAGAGUUUGGCACAGAAGGACGAGGAGGGUACUUUGAUAACUAUGGUAUAAUUAGAGACGUUAUGCAAAAUCAUCUGCUUCAGAUUCUAGCCUUGUUUGCAAUGGAGACACCUGCCAGCUUAGAUGCAGAAGACAUCAGGAAUGAGAAGGUGAAAGUUAUUCGUUCUAUAAAGCCAUUGCAACUAGAGAAUGUGGUGAUUGGACAAUAUAAAAGCCACAAAAAGCGUGGAAUAACGUAUCCCGCAUAUACAGAUGAUAGGACUGUACCCAGUGACAGUCUGACUCCAACAUUUGCUGCAGCUGCACUUUUCAUAGAUAAUGCCAGAUGGGAUGGGGUGCCAUUCCUUAUGAAAGCUGGGAAAGCAUUGCACACUAGGCGAGCAGAAAUCAGAGUACAGUUCAGGCAUGUCCCUGGUAAUUUAUACAAAAGGAGUUUUGGAACAGAUCUUGAUCGGGCUACAAAUGAACUUGUGAUUCGGGUGCAGCCGGAUGAAGCUAUUUACUUAAGGAUCAACAACAAGAUUCCAGGUCUGGGGAUGAGGUUGGACCAUAGUGAUUUGAAUCUUCACUAUGCAGCAAGGUACCCAAAAGAGAUACCAGAUGCCUAUGAGAGGCUUCUACUCGAUGCAAUCGAAGGGGAAAGGCGACUCUUUAUUCGUUCCGAUGAGCUGGAUUCUGCUUGGGAGCUCUUCACACCGCUUCUGAAAGAGUUGGAAGAGAAGAAGGUUGCGCCGGAGCUCUACCCUUAUGGUAGUAGAGGACCAGUAGGAGCCCACUAUCUUGCAGCCAAAUACAAUGUAAGAUGGGGCGACACCAAUGCAUUAGAGUGAUAUUGUUCCAAAUAACAAUCUUUACAGAUCAAAUUGCAUACAUAGGUAAGUUAAUCGGAGAUGGAUAUAGAUGUUUGGACAUGAAUUACUUGUCAAGAAUGGGUGACACAUUUGUCUUUCUUCUGUAACAAUUAUGCUUGCAAUGGCAUGGAAAUUUUUGACUCUUAAAAUUUGUUAUAUUGACACUGCAUUUGGAUUCUUCAACAACAAGAGUUUGUUUCCAAAUAAUAUGGUUUUCAAAAGAUGGAAGAAAAUUCUAUAUGUUUCUUUUGGGUAUUCAAAUUAA